AUGGUUGUGAAUGGAUGGGAUGGCAUAUUUACAAAUUCAUUUGUAUUUGCCGACAUCUUCACGCCAUACUGUGAUAUUGAAAUCAAAUUGAGAUUCUUUGUCGAUGUACCACGAGUCUUCAGAGAAGCAGAUGCUCAAGCAGCUGUAAAGCUGCUAAGAUGUGAGAUAGAUGCUGAUGAAACCCCGUUUGAUACAGCUGAGUUUGUGAAAAACAUCCAGAUAGUCAGCUUCAUAAAGCAGAACUUGUCGGAUUUACGCAACCAGCUCAUUCAGACAUCCUAUAACCGCAACACCCCCCCUGACUUGCACUUGAACGAAGAUGCGCCGGCUAAGUAUACCUGUGACCAGUGCAAUGAAGGCUUUGAUAAGGCCCUUCUUUUGGCUGUGCAUAAAAGGAAUAACCAUGGCAACGAGACUGAGGAGGAAAAGACUUGUCGCUACUGCCACAAGAUCUUUGCACGGAAGGACGUUCGUGUCAAACACGAGGACAGGUACUGCAGCCAGAAACCUGGAUACGUCCGCCCUCCUCCUCGCACUCUGAAGCGCUCUUUUCCAAGUGCAAGUGGAUCUACCAAUGGAUUCAUUCCAUAUGCAGAGAUUCAGCAGUACUCAGAUGAGUGGCCUGCUAUCAAUGCGGAGAAUCCAGUGAUCUAUAGGGGUGAGGUGUUCUGUCGCUGGUCUGGGUGCCAGCGCAAGACUCCUUUCAAUGAAGCAUGCAAGCUGGUCCGACAUCUCAAACGAGAGCAUAAGCUGGACUUGCCGAAAAAGAGCCCUGGUAAUCUGAAUGCACGGGAACAACGGCUUCAUGAUGAGGGACUUGAGUGGCUUGCACGCUGUGCUUUCUUUGGGAGGGAUAAGGUUGAUGACGAGGCGCCUGUCCCUACUCGGCACUAG